AUGCGUGCUACAUUCUUCACUGCUCUCUUGGCCACCGCUGCCAUUGCUGCCCCCACAGUUCAAAAGCGUACCGAUGUCGCUGUUGCUGGUAGCUCCCUGAGCGCGCCCAUCGUUGUCCACAAGCGCCAACUCGGCCUCGACCUCGGUGGUGUCCUCGGCGGGGUUGUUGGCUCAGUCGACAACGUUCUGACCAUCGUCAACGGCCUGCUCACCACCGUUACCAGCACCGUUGGUAACGCGGACAGCAUCGUCACAUCCAUCCUCGAUGGUGCCGUCACUGACGUGGAGGGUGCUCUGACCGACGUUGAGGGCCAACUCGAAUCCGCCAUCACUCUUGUCGAAUCCGUCGUGUCUGCAGUUGAUGUCUCGUCCAUCGUUGCGGGUGUCGACUCCGAGGUCACUUCCACCAUCACCACUGUCGAAGGUCUCCUCGCUGAUGUUGAGUCCAUUGCUGGCGUCGUUGAUGUUGGCGCCACUCUCGACACCGUCACUGGCCUCGUCAAUCAACUCCUUGCUGCUCUUCAGCCCCUGACUGGUGCCGUCAGCAUUGCUUAG